AUGGCAGGAUUAGCACCUACAAUGAUUAAAUCGGACAUCGAUAUGACUUUUCUUCCCAAUGAGAUUCUUCAAAAGAUAUUUAAUUUACUUACAAUAAAAAAUUAUGAUAAAAAAAAGUCUUAUAAUAUGAUGAUCACAAGUUUUCUUGUCUAUCUCGACAUAGAGAAACAAAAAGAUCUUGAAAAAAAUGGAGUAAUUAUUCCAAAUUAUGAACCAAUGUUUAAUUAUCCGAAAUAUCUUUGUUGUUUGAAUAUUAAUGGACUUAAAGGUGCAAUAGUUGAUAAAAUAGUGAUGAAAAAUGAAAGGUUAUCUAGUUUAUUACGAAAUCUUGUUAUGAAAUAUAUUUUAAUAAUGUUAUCAAAUAGAGAUAAUAAAUUAGAAUCAAUUACAAUUAGAAUUGGUUAUGGUCGUUUGGCUGUUUCAAUUUCUGAUAUUCGAAUUUUAUUAAAUCCAAAUUUUCGGAGUUUAAUCGAACCUGUUAAAAAGAUGAAUUUAUUAUUAGGAUCUCCAACUGAUGGAUUCAUACUUAAACUUUCUUCAAUUUGUCAAAAAUUG